UACUACUGGGCUCCGAGCGGCCCUGCCCUCGGCACGCUGACGUCAGCGGCUGGGUGUGUUCCGAGGACGUGCAGAUCUCUACUGGAGAAGGGCGCCAUGCGGCUCUGUCAAAGUGGUGGCGAGUCAUGAGCGUUUCUAUCUCCUAAGACUGCCCAAGAUGCUGAAGUAUGGGAUCGAUUUGCCGAAAUCGAAUAUCUCGCUAAGGCACGGAGAGCUUAUCCGAGCAUGUGUGAUGAAACUGUUUGGUCGUGACGUGGUGGAGCUGUUUUUGCGUUUCGCAUGUCGUGGUGUUCCUGAUGGUGGAUCACUUCCAAACUUAGCAGAACGACGCGUGGAAAUUGCUUGACAUAAAUUCACGACGAGCGACCGGUCUGCAGCCAUGGCAACGCAAGGUGCCCUGGACCUGGACCGAGAACGUCAGUACUGCGAGCUCUGUGGGAAAGCUGAGAACUUGCUCAAGUGCGGCAGGUGCCUAAACUCCUUCUACUGUAGCAAAGACCACCAGAAACAGGACUGGAAAAAACACAGACUCGUUUGUCAGCUGGCCAAAAAAUCACAGAGCCCCCCACUGACCGGACCACAACAGACGUCUCCAGACGAAGCAGAGGGGCAGACUAACCGCGCGUUUAGCUCGUUUAGUUCAGAGAGCUCGGAUACCACUGACAACAAGCGAACCGGAGUCGGCAUACACGAUAAUAACGCAAAACCCAACGAACAGAACAAGUCCCUUCCGCGGAAGCUUGCCACGGAGUAUAUAGUUCCGUGCAUGAAUAAGCACGGCAUCUGUGUUGUGGACAACUUUCUCGGAGAGGAGACGGGGCUGUGCAUUCUAGAGGACGUAGUGGCUCUCCAUAAAGCCGAUAAAUUCACUGACGGGCAGCUGGUCAGUCCUAGAAGUGACUCUUCCAAAGACAUACGAGGAGACCAGAUAGCGUGGGUUGAAGGGAAGGAGACGGGCUGCGAAAAUAUCAGCUUUCUGUUGACCCGCGUGGACGACCUGAUAAGGCAAUGUAACGGCAACCUGGGGAAAUAUAGAAUUAAUGGAAGGACCAAAGCGAUGGCAGCGUGUUACCCUGGCAACGGAACAGGAUACGUUCGGCACGUGGACAAUCCCAACCGCGACGGGCGGUGCGUCACCUGCAUCUACUACCUCAACAAGAACUGGGACGCCAAGGAGCACGGCGGUCUUCUGCGGGUCUUUCCGGAAGGAAAAGCCCAGUUUGCUGAUAUCGAGCCCAAGUUCGACAGGCUGCUGCUCUUCUGGUCUGACCAACGCAACCCUCACGAAGUUCAGCCGUCCUACGCAACCAGGUAUGCCGUGACGGUGUGGUAUCUCGACGCAGAUGAAACAGCCAAGGCCACCUGCGAGUUACCCCCGCGAGUUUCACCCGUUAGUUACGCCUGUGUGUCUCGUUUGUUUUCUAUUACAUACAUCGUAGAAUACAACAGUUCAUCAAUUGUAUGUACCAGCACUCUAUACUAAAACAACUGUCCAAUGUUCCACUAUUUGUUUUGUUGAAAAAUUUAGGAGCACGCUAAUACAUCCCAUUAAGUAAAUAAUUUUUCCCCGUGAAAUUUUCAGGAGCAAAUGUUCCUAAAAAAGGGGAGCACUGUGUAGUCCUGCAUACUUAUUGUAUAUUCAUCCCCCUCAGGUCCGGGGAAAAAGACAAGAAACCCAGUGUGACUAAACCUUCAGAUCCCAACGACUGACUGUCUGAAACGGCUGGAGGAUCCUCAGGGCCAUCGGAUGAAUGGCGGGAAUAGUUUGUGGAAAAAGGAAAAGCGCUGACUGGGGAAUGGGGCUGUGCCACUGGACCUGGAAUGUUGUCCUGAGGGGGCUCGCCCUUCCGCCAGGAAGAAAGAUGGCCGCUCCCCCUGUGUGUGUCGGGACCUGGGGGAGACUCCUGUUCCUCUGUGUUUACGGCGGCCCUGCGUCCCGGGUUUCCUGCGCCAGGUUUUCCUGCGAGCUUCGUAGGUGGAGGAACGCAGCCGGGUGGCUCUGACUCUGACGCUCCAGGUGUUUGUGUUCCGGCAGGUGCUCGGAUUUAACUGGAGAAGCUUCUUCUUCUUCUUCUUCUUCUUCUUCUUCUCCCCCACUUCAAACUGUUGCUCGUUGCCAUGGCGCUUGGGUCUCCCUCCCACCCAAUUGCACUGCGCUGUCUGUGGUCCGCACUUUCUUACGCCGAAAUCAAAAUGGACACCCGAUUCUUGUCAAUCUACAUUUACAAUAAAAUUAUGGUUUUCCUAAACUGCGGAUCAAAUCUGCAGAGAGAUUCAUGUUUUAGUUGUUGGUGUUUUGCUGUGGUUGGUGUGGGGGUGGAGUCGGUUGGACUUGGUUUUGGGCGCAGUUUGGUGGGAGGGGGCAGUUUGAUGGAUGUGGAUUCAGGUCACAGGUGGAGCGGCAACAACAAAAAAAGACAGAAAGAUUUGUACAUUUUGAAAUAUUAUUAACUCUAACCAGUCCAGGAUGCUCUGGGAUUUGCAAGCAGAAAUUUAAUCACUUAUUUAAUUUUAUGACUUCGCCUUUCUCACGGGAGCGCUGAAACGUGUAUCACUGGCGGGAAAGGAUGUUUUGCUUGUUUAAAAAUGGGCUAAAUGUUUAAAAUACGUUUUGCAAUUUAAAUAUCAAAUAUUAAGUAUAAUAUUUAGACGCAUACAAAUUCCAGUUAUUAAAUUCACAGAGAAAAUUAUAUUUUUUAUUUUUUAUUUUUCUACACUACAAAAGUAAAAAUCUGCUCAUUUGAAGUGAUAUUGCAGUAACAGGAAAUACCACAAGAUGGCGGUGUUCCACGAUGUACUUUUAACCUUAAAGUAAUUGCAGCGCUUAUGUUCAAUUGAAAAUAGUCUUUGAAAUACUGGCCCUGUGUGGACGCUGAGAGCCAGCUUGGCCUGCAGGAUUGGGAUUUAAAGAUCGUCUCCGCGGUGUCUUUCUUACCUGGGACUGAUGCUGUAAAGUUCCACGGGGAUGUAAAAUCACUGAAUAAAAUGUUAGCUGGUU